AUGGAGCAGGCACAGCGGAGCCUGGAUGCAGAGCAGAUGCAGCAGCAGCAGCUGAAACUACGGGACCGGCAGAAGUUCUUUGAGGAGGUUUUCCAGCAUGACGUGGAUUUCUUCUUCCCUAUGUCUCACCUGCAGAUAGAACAUCGGAGACCCCCCUUAGGCAGCAUUUCCUCCAUGGAGGUGAAUGUGGACAUGCUGGAGCAGAUGGACAUGAUGGACCUGUCAGACCAGGACACCGUGGAUGUGUUUCUGGGCUGUGGGACAGAGGAGAGCAGCGUUGCUGGGCCCCUGCCAGGGGCAGAUGCUGGCCAGUGCCCAGAGGAAAUCACCCUGCAAGUGCCCAGCGCAGCUGAGAGCAAGUCACGUAUUUCCUCCACAUCCUCCGUCUCCACGGAUCUGAACAGCCUGGACACCAGCGAGGAGGGGGCCGAGACCCCUGUGGCACAGUCGGAUGAGGAGGACCUGCAGGAGGACAGUCCCAAAGAGCAGGAGGCAAAAAGCUAG